AUGAAGUCACCACUGGUACGCAAGCUUAUCGCCAAUACAUUCCGCGAAGUUAUUCUCAUGAUCUUCGUGAUUUCUGAUGUCCGCCGACUUAUUGCGGAAUCAGGGUUGACAGCUGUCGAUGAGAAAAGAAACACAUUCCAUAAGCAAACAGCUGUUUAUGUUUAUGUAUUUGGAUACUCAGUGAUGAAAACAUUACCUGAGCUCAAGAGUGCAUCACAAACUGGCGAAGGUGUAAUAAAGAGAACCCAAGCCUCGAAUGAACUCGUCCAGAUAUACUCAUCAACGCCAUGUGUGCGGACUGUUGCAAAGCAACCGUUUUUGGCUACAAAUGAGAUACACCAAGUAAUGCUCCAAUACGUGCCGGACUAUUCAGGUCACCGAACGCACAUUCUUUCUGCAGUAGACGUUUCCUCGAAACGUCUAGUAAAUAUCUGGAUAGCACAUGCCAAAGCUGAACCACCAAAUAUUUCGAAGACUUAUGAUAUGCACAUUCCAAUUAGCGAGGAUACAAUAAUAACAAAGAAAUUGCCCAUAUCAAAUCCGUAUAGUAUUCCGAGAACAUUUCGAAUUUCAUCAUCACGCGCGGAUAUUGUUGAAGUGGGCGAGGAAGUGGUCAGUAUAGCUGGUUUGGAGUCAACUGCUAUCACCUUAUACUUCCAUAAUGUAGUACGGAAUCCAGUUAGGCUCGAGAUACUAAUUUUCAUCUUUAAUGGCGAAUCUGGUCAACAAGAAGAAACUAUAAUGCUCAAUGUGACUUACACAGAUUAA